AUGUGCUUAUCAAGACUGGAUGACAUCAUUCUCUCCAUCAACGGCACGGCUGUAUCCAGUCUAGAUCACGCCGUCAACAUCAUCCGUAGCAGUACACAGAGGUCUUUGCAGUUUGAGAUCCAGCGACCACCGGCUGGCGUUUACAUUAACGUGGUGUACGCCGAGUCAUCAUCGGCUUCAGCGUCAGCAGCUGCAGCCACAACCCCGACUGGCGGCGGCGGCGCUGCUGCUGCCAGCACAGCCAACGCUGGUAUGCAGACAUCGCAAUCUAACGCCAGUAUCGGCUCAGCAUCCUCCGCACCCGCUACUGCCACUGGCACCACCACUGGCCAAGCAGGCUCGGCAUCAUCCAUAUCAGCAGCCAUUCCCAUGGCAACCAGCGGUAACAUGGCGGCAGCAGCAAAAGCAGCACGCGGUGGCGAGUCUCCGUCUCAGGGCCGUCAGAUGGCGUCGUCCUCGGCAACGACGCCUACCACCAUCAAUGUAGCCCGGGCGCGUGUGCUCAGUGAUGUCGACGCGGAUGAGUACGAGAUCCCCGUUCCGGAGACCUUCGAUAUGUCUCCACCUCGCCACGAUGCCCCAGAGAUGGACCUCGACUCUUGGGCGGUGGUGGAUGGGACCGGUGUCAGCCGUCCCGUCAUGCAGAUCCGCUCAUCCCGCGCCUGCCCAGACGUGUAUGACCCGGAUUCCGGCAGUCUUCCCAAACAGACAUGCCCUGUUCCGGCUUGUCCAGAUCCAGGCUGGCGGGAAACGUUCCCAUUCUCUCUUUCAUCAGAAGACCGCUACCUGAGCGUAUGCGUGUGGGCUAAGCUGGAGAAUAGUCGCAAUAACCUGCUGAUUGGCUAUGCUAGUAUUCCUCUACACGACAUAGCUGUGGAAUGUGCGGCAGUGAAUGUUGGGCGUCACGAACAGUGCUACGUUUUAAUUCCCGGAAUUCAUCUCACCGCUAACGCAAACCGUGCCGCCCUUCGAGCCGCCGGAGCCAUCCAGCCCGGCAAGCUACCGACCAGUGCUCGUACAUGGUAUGAACGUGAGUACAGCGGUGAUGUCCGUCUUGUCUUCAGUCACUUGCCAUUGCCGGCAUCUGCAAGUGCGUCAGCUGCGCCUACUCCGUCACCGCCCAGAUCAAGUGCCGCUUCACCGUGCAGUGAACCAAGUUCUCCGCCGCGACCUACCGGUCGCAGGACCAGCCAGGCAACGUCCUCUCACACUCCCGAGAAGCCAUCCAAACCAAACAGCGAUACCAGUAGCAGCACAUCGCACUCACCACCACCCACAACAGCUGCUGCGACGGCGGCAGCAGCAACAGCAGCAGCAAUGUCAUCAUCGCAUGCAAACCGGUCGGGUACGCCGUCACCUCACGGCCAGGCAUCCUCCUCACCCAUCACAAGCACAGCUGCGGCGACAUCAUCAUCAGCAACAAUGACGUCAUCGGCAGCAAUGAUGACGUCAUCACUCAGCACAAUGACAUCAUCAAUGACAUCGGCAUCCAUUGCCGGCGGCGAUGCGACGUCAUUGCUGACCAGAUCCGAAGGGGCACACGUACCGACAAGCUCCCACGGCAUGCGGGCCCGUGCCAGUGCCAUGACAUCAUCAAUGACAUCAUCGGCAUCGCCGGCUGCCGCCCAGCACACGGGCAUGCUGCCGUCCAAUCCCCUACCACCGAACACCAGUGGGAAUGAGUCGGAACACGUGCAGCGUAAUGGCAAUGACAGAUCGUCUCCGUGUCCAUCUCCCGGUCCGGGAUUCCGAGACUCGCCCCAACCUGGUGAUAGCAAUGUGCGUAGGAAACCUGCAUCAGUGCUUGCUCAGACGUACACGAACUCUCCGUCGUCACGCCACACGCCUGGCUCUCGUCGCCGAUCGACUGUCAGCCACGACUUUUUGGCCAUCACUAUUCCAGUGCCGACAUCCUGCAUCAUUUGCGGAAAGAAGAUCUUCAAGAAGCGGUGUCAGCGUUGCCAAGGCUGCAUGGGAGCAGCUCACACCGAAUGUGCUAUCUCCAGCAACACUGCAGUAUGUCCACGGACACCCAUCACCGAGGCAUACAGCAGUGAGUCGGAUUCCGACUAUGGUGACGACCAUGGAGGGACUCCAGCAGCAAUGACGACCACCAGCACCAGCAGCAGCAGUGCCACUACUGGUCCUGCUUCAUCGUCAUCAUCAUCAACAUCCUCUACAGCAUCAGCACGCUACAAUUCCCACGAACACUUUAGCAGCCCCUCGUCAUCACCCACCUCUGAACUGAGAGACACUGAUGAAGCCUUGGUGUCUGGUUCUGAUGCUGUUGUUGCUGCUGCCGCCGCCACCGCUGCAGCUGUGUCAGCCGUGGUUGCACCGGGAGAUGACGCGUUGUCAAAGGAUGCCGCUCUAGCAAGUUUUGAAACUGACAAGCUAGUGCGACAAGCAGGUCGUGGUAUGUACGGUGAUCUGGCGUUGGAAGACCGCAGAGAUAAACUCACAGAACAGAUCAAGCGGCUCCAACAAGAGAUCGACAACGAGAAGAUGAAACAGAGCGAGCUGUUACAUCAGCGCAAGCAAGCGACGGUCGAGCGGCACAAAACCGUGAUCAACGAGUGCAUUUCUCAUUCUAACAACAAACUGGAGGCCCUGACGUUGCUGAUGCUGCAGUACCUCUCUGGUCUGCAUGACUGUGAAGAAGCCGCCGACAGUUAAGAGAAGUGAGGGUUGAGUGUGAGGAACAUGACAGCACACACUCUCUCGUCUUCUGGGUAUGUAUGACGUCAUCAUGCCAUCAUGAUGAUGUCAUUGUGGUGAUGUUGCACUGGGAUGGCAUUGAUACUUCUGUUGCAGCAGUGCUGCGACGGUAGUGCAUGUGUGUGGUGCGUAGGCACUGCGGCAUCGUCACCAUUGCACCGCCCAUGUGCAGUGUGCAAUGAUGUCGCCGUGAUGUCACUGAGCUGCUACCACAUAGGAAUGAUGUCAUUGCCCCAGACUGCACCAGUGAUGCUGAGUGCAUGAUAAGUUGUAACAUUACUACUUCAUCUGCUAGUACAUGUAGCAGUGCAGUAGUACCAAAGUAGGUGUAUGUAGUGUAGGGUGUCUCUACCGCUAGUACAUGUAGUUAGUAGUGCAGUGCAGUAUGAGACUAGGGAUAGUGCAGUGCAGUAUGAGACUAGGGAUAGUGCAGUAUGAGACUAGGGAUAGUGCAGUAUGAGACUAGGGAUAGUGCAGUACUAGUAUUGUAUCCAUCCUACGUUGAGUAUUGGUGCUGUGCUCGCCACUAGUACUACAUGUAUUGCCAGUAGCACACUGGUUAUCAGUGUGUUGUAGCACACCAGGCAGGCAGGCUCAUCCCUGCCUGCUACAUAGCCAUACUGUAGUGCUAGGCAGUAUCUCACGUCACAUGACCGUUUCCAUAGUCGCCGCCAAUCAGCACACUGUUAGCCGUUCUAUUCUAGUAGACGGUGUCGAGUCGUGUGACCGUUCCCAUGGUUGCGGCCAAUCAACAUGGCCGUGCCUCAGUCCUGUAGUGACACGCAGUUGUGCGGCCAGUCAGCGGCACUGGAUGUUAGCUUACCAACCGUACUGUGAGCUGGGGCCUGCACCGAAACUCACUCCGCUUCUAGUCUCGUGUGUUUGUAGAUCAUAGCACACCCCCUCCUCCACCUCCACUAUGUACUCUCAAACCCUGCCCGCCGUCGUUUGUGUUCCCAUGUCGCAUCCGCUGUAGAGAAGUGUUUAAUAUAAUUGUUUUAUCAUUUUAUCACUCUUGUUAUUUUCUUCCUAACUUAUGUUCGAGUUGCGGCUGGCCGUGAUUUCUAAAUGUUGAAGUUUCUUGUCUCGUUUGUAGUCAACGACUAGUGCAUUUUGUACGGUAUAGACGUUGGCAGCAUAAUAUCUGUCUCUCGUUCAUGUACUACAAGAUAAUGCACACAAUUCCCCGAGAUAAUACUGUCACUGAAUUAAUUUCAUCUUGGUGACAAAUGGAAUAUCUUACUGUUACGCUCACCUCACCGAACCGUUUGUAAAAUUGAUAGCUUAUCACCGUGCUCACCGGACCCAUGUGUUUUACUCGCGUAUUCACGCAACUGAUCACGUCUUUGUUAAUACAGUGUAUCAUUUACACAGCGCCAAUGAGAUGACUCUCUACUGUACGUAGCACCUACAAGUACCCCGAUCAUGUCUCAUGAUAAUGCGCUGAGCUUGUUUGGUCUUGUCUCAUGCCGUCUACACCCUACACUACUGUGGUCCCUUC